AUGCUGACAAUCGGCACUUUGGCCAACAUCAAGCACAUACUGCAAAAAGAGCUGUUCAACAGUAGCGGCGAACGUCUGCUCUCAGUGGUGACGGUGACGAAGACUUUCAAAAAGAAAGACAAGCGGGCCUGCUACCUAUGUGUGCUGACGACAGCGCCACCCGUACCGGUGGUUACGCUCUGCCUGGUGAAGCAAUACGAGCAGCGGGAUAGCGAGUAUAAACGGAAACGGAGCUGGCAAUUGGAUGAAAUCAAGUGGAUCGAUGGCCGCAAUGAGCAAUUCGAGACGCACGAGUUUGACAUCCAACUGGAAAAGCUGUACAAAUGGUACGCCCUAAAUUUGCACGAGCGUCAGAAUUUUCUGGCUGUGCUCAAUCGCCAGAUACAAAAGUAUGUGCGUGGACCCCGUGCCGAGUUCCGUAAUGUGCCUCAAGCUUGGCUAUCGGAGAAAUCGCCAGAGAAAAUUGCGGCAGGUCGCGAAGGAAGAGCGGGCAAUGUAACCCAGAAACCGACUAAUUCGGACGAUGAAGAGGACGAGGAGGAGGCGCAAGAGUUUACAGCUCUCACGGAUAAGGAGGCCAACGAGCUGGGUAAAUUGUUUUCCGAAUGUGAUUUUGCCAUUAAGGAUGCGGAGCAGUUCAUCGAACAGCUGUCCAAGGAGCUGCACGAUUUGGAUGGUGCUAAUAUGCAAAGUGUGUUGGCCUCGGAGCAAAAGGUGCUCAAAAUGAUGGAGCACAUAGACAAUGCUAUUACGGAGGCGGAUAAGUUUGAAACACGUCUGGAUACCUAUGAGGAUAUUUUGGGUCAUGUGAAGGAGACCAUGGAGAAGAUAGGCGGCAAGAAUGCCAUGAUUGAAAUUGCCAAUAACAAUAAUAUCAAAUUAAUGAAGGAGCUUAAUAAAGUCAUUAGCCAACUGGACUUGCCGCAUAGCCAUCAGCAGGCGCUGGAGGAUCCCGAUUUAAAGACCGCAGCCGGACGUAAGGCAGCAAUUGCUGCAGCGCAGUGUCUGCAACAGGCCAUGAAUAGCGAUAUAGAUCCAGCGCUGCUACGCCUGGAAGCUGUACAGGAUCAACGCAAACGCUUUGAGAAGUGGAAACAAAAGUUCUCAACUACAGUUAGUCGGUUCCUGAAUAACCUCUUCAUCCAUCUUGGCAAUGAAAUUGGUGAUAUGCCGCUGACUACCACCGAGCUGGUACUCCCUAACCACUCGAAUGUGCAUCGCGAGCUGACGCCGUAUACGGAGCUAAUGCACUGGUCCAAGGCCAUGGAUCGCAAGACCUACGACGGACUGAUGCGCGUCUAUACGGCUUCGCUAAGCAAGAUUUACGAUCGUGAUAUCAGAAAUUUCUUUAAUCUAGCCAAGCUUCAAGUCUCGGACAAGCUGCGUAACUCUCGCGAAGAUCUGGAUAUGUCCACUUCGUCACGUAAGUCUGCUGUCUCUACCAUUCCGUAUGGGACGCUGGGUAUCAAUCGUGAUCAAUGGGGUCCCGGCGUGGAUAGUGCGGAUCGUGUGCGUUUCGAUGCCUUGUUGGAAAAAGUUCUGGCCGAACUAGAGCCCAUUGCGCUGCAGGAGCAGUUGUUCUGUAUCAAUUUCUUUCAAAUGGAUGUGAUAAGUCCUACAACGAAGAACACCCAAACGACGCUGGAUAUGGAAAAGGAUAAGGGCGUGGAUAUGUCGCAGUCGUUCAACGCCUCUACCGCCUCGCCUACCAGCGCAAGUACUGACGCUGGUGGAGUGCCUCAGAAGCGCAUCGAUCGGCAGAUCAAUGAAGAAGUGCGCAAACUGAUGAUGGGACUCUUUAGUUGCCUGGAACCGGAGCUAGUUAGCUUCAUACAAAGCUUUGAGCGUGUGGAUAGUUUCUACUCUCUAUAUGUGUUGGUGCGUCUAACGCAGCACGUCAUGUCCGCCCAGGACACACAUUCCUUUUUGAGCAUGACCUUUGCCUCGGCAUUGGUGCAGGUCAAGCGCAACUUUGAUCGCUUUAUGCAGCAGCAACUGCAGUCCAUUAAGGAGGCUAAGCUUCCAAAACGAUCAAAGGCCAUUUUGCCCUAUGUGGAGAACUUUGAGAACUUCGCACAGACGGCUGAGGGAAUCUUUCGCAAGUCGGAUCGUCGCACGGACAUGGAGAAAUGGUACCUGCAGUUGGUUAAUGCCAUAUUCGAAGGGAUCAGCAUACAUUCGCAGGAGCAUCCAAAGACGCCGUCACAGGUGGUGCGCAUGGAGAACUAUCAUCAUAUGUAUUCACUGCUGGCUCAGCUUAAGGUUCCCGGCUUAGAUGCCCUUAAGAAGGAGGCGAAGAUACGUUACAAUGAUGCACUUAAAGCAUACGUAACGCAAUACUUUGGCAGGCCACUGGAGAAGCUGAACCAAUUCUUCGAGGGUGUGCAGCAAAAGGUAGCGCAGGGCGUCAAAGAGACCGAAAUAAGCUACCAAAUGGCCUUCUCUAAGCAGGAGCUUCGCAAGGUGAUCAGCCAAUAUCCAGCGCGUGAGGUGAAGAAGGGUCUGGAGAACCUCUAUAAGAAGGUGGAGAAGCAUCUGUGCGAGGAGGAGAAUCUCCUUCAGGUGGUAUGGCAUGCCAUGCAGGAAGAGUUCAUAGCCCAGUACAAUUAUCUCGAAGAGCGCAUACAGAAAUGUUAUGCGGGCGCCAUGAUCAAUCUGGAGUUUAACAUACAGGACAUACUCGCCUUCUUCUCCGAUAUUGCGCGCUCCCACUGAGUGCGCGCUACAUCGGAGAUUUACUUUUAGGUGCAAUAGUAUUUAGAGCGAUGUGUUUUUUAAGACAAAAAUAUACGCGCACAUAUUUAAACAGC